CUCGCCCCGUGACCGGCCCUCCUCCCCUCCCGGCCCCGCCCCUCCCCUCGGAGCGGCUCCGGAAAUGGUCGUGCUGGGCUUCGCUGCGGCUGCGUUGGGCCUCGCUCCCCGGACUGAAGGCGACUGAAAGAUAGUAAGGGGAUCCUUAUGCAGCAACACGUGAAAUGAACAAAGCUCCACAGCCCUCAGGAGGAACCCCAUCAGCCCCACACCCCUCCCCUUCUCCUGGACUUCCACAGUCAGCAUUUCCUCCUGGUCAGGCGGCACCUGUGGUUUUUAACCCGGCGCAAGCUACCCAAAUGAAUACGCCUUCCCAGCCUCGACCGCAUUUCUACCAGAGCAGGGCCCAGCCACCGACCAGUGCUUCCCGGGUGCAGAGUAACACGUCGGCUCGGCCUGGCCCACCCACUCAUGUUUAUCCAGCUGCUUCCCAGGUCAUGAUGAUCCCUUCACAGAUCUCCUAUCCUGCUUCGCAAGGUGCCUACUACAUCCCUGGACAGGGUCGCAACACGUAUGUCGUUCCAACACAGCAGUAUCCUGUCCAACCUGGUGCCCCCAGCUUUUACCCCGGAGCCAGCCCUACAGAAUUCGGCACUUUUGCUGGUGCAUAUUAUCCUGCGCAGAACGUGCAACAAUUCCCAACUUCCCAAGUCAUGAUGAAUCCUCAACCACCGGUCCCGCCAAAGCGAGAGCGCAAGACAAUCCGAAUACGAGAUCCAAAUCAGGGUGGCAAAGAUAUCACAGAAGAAAUAAUGUCUGGCGCUAGAACUUCUUCUACCCCAACUCCUCCUCAGGCCGGAAGCGGUUCAGAGCCACAGGCCAACGGGGAGACACCUCAUGUAGCAGUUAUUGUCCGCCAAGAUGACCGUUCCAAGACCGGCCCAGUAGUAAGUAAACCGGUAUCCUUGGAGACUAGUAAAUCGGCUUCCCCAUCUCCCCCUCCGCCCCUGACCGAGGUGGAGCCUGUGCAGCCGGCCACUGUGACGCUGGUGCGCCCAGAGAGCCCUGUUGCUGUGGACACUAGAGAGGAGCUGCUGGAGGUCCCUGAAGACAUCCUCGAGCCCGUUAGCACCACCACUACAGUGCCAGGAGGGCUUGUGCCCCCUCCGGAGUCCUUCAUUUUGGACACAGAACCUCGGGAAGAGGUCGCUGCUAGCCCUGUUUUGGAGAUCCCUUCCCAGCCACCCCCAGAAAUGCAGGUGGACGAAGAGGUGGUAGCAGAAGAGACAGUGGUUACCCAACAGGAGGCGCUGCAACCUGAGGAGCGUCCCGUAACGCUGCCGUGCGCCUCUCCUGUUCCUUCUCCGCCGCCGGAGGAGGUGGCCGAAGGGGAGGCCGUCGAGUCGAACGGGGUCUUAGAGGAGGAGCUGCUGGAGGCAACGCCCGAGGUGCCCCCGUGUGAACCAGAACCGGCCAUGGAAUCCCCCAUUGCUGAGCCGGAAGAGCAGGCAAUACCUGCAGGGCUUGAGACCCCAGAGAAGCAAGAGGCCGAAGAGCCAGAGGAACAGCCCGAAUCGGAUAUCAGCCCCAUCUCUGAACCUGAAGAGGUGAAGCCCGAGGAGGCGAUUGUCCCAGCGGCCGCCCCUGCUGUAGAAGAGGAGGCGGAGCCAGAGGAGGAAGUGGAGGAGGCGAUUGUCCCAGCGGCCGCCCCUGCUGUAGAAGAGGAGGCGGAGCCAGAGGAGGAAGUGGAGGAGACGGUCGAGGUCCCGGAGCAGAGUGCCGAACCGGUGGCUGCACCCUUGGAGACCGCGGAAGUGACGACGCAAGUAGCCGUAUCGGUGCCAAAGAGGAAGCGAAAGUUGAAGGAUCUGAACAAGAAGGAAGCUGUUGGAGAUUUGCUGGAUGCGUUCAAAGAGGUCAGCGAGGGGGGCUCUGAGACGGAGAACAACCCCCCAGUGCCAGCCCCAGAGCCUGAGGAACCUGUCCCAGUUCGCUCCCAGGAGGAACCUGAGGAGACCUGGGAACAGAAGGAAGAUAAGAUGGAUCCUGAGAAGCUCAAGCAAGCGGAUCAAAAAUACGGCUACAAGGAAGAGCAGUGGAAGCCCUUGAACCCAGAAGAAAAGAAGAGAUACGACCGGGAAUUCCUGCUGGGGUUUCAGUUUAUGUUCGCCAGCAUGCAAAAGCCGGAAGGGUUGCCCCAUAUCAGCGACGUGGUCUUGGAAAAGGUGAAUAAGAUGCCCCUGCGUCCCCUGGACCCUGUACGUCUGAGCACCAUGAACUGUGGACCAGACUUCACGCCCUCCUUCGCCAAUCUGGGCCGUCCAACCCCACCCAACCGUGGGCCGCCGCCUGGGCCAGGACAACGGCGUUCCCAGCAAAGCCUGCGGAAGGAGCCUCGGAAGAUUAUUGCCACAGUGUCUCUGAAUGAAGAUGUCAAGUUGAACAAGGCUGAGAAGGCGUGGAAACCCAGCAGCAAACGGGCCACUGAAGUAGAAGAUCCUGAGAACAUAAAAACUCAGGAGCUGUUCCGACGUGUGCGCAGCAUUCUCAACAAGUUGACACCGCAGAUGUUCCAGCAGCUGAUGAAGCAGGUCACCGAGUUGUCCAUCGACACAGAAGAACGUCUCAAGGGAGUCAUCGACCUCAUCUUCGAGAAGGCCAUCUCUGAGCCAAACUUCUCUGUUGCCUAUGCCAACAUGUGCCGUUGCCUUAUGGGGCUAAAAGUCCCCACUACUGAUAAACCUAGCACCAUGGUGAACUUUCGCAAGGUACUCUUGAACCGCUGCCAGAAAGAGUUUGAGAAAGACAAGGAUGACGAUGAGAUUUUUGAGAAGAAGCAGAAGGAGAUGGAUGAAGCGGCUACUCCUGAAGAGAAAACGCGCCUAAAAGAGGAGCUGGAUGAUGCGAGGGACAAAGCCCGCCGGCGCUCUCUUGGCAACAUCAAGUUCAUUGGGGAACUCUUCAAGCUGAAGAUGCUGACGGAGGCCAUCAUGCACGACUGCGUGGUGAAGCUGCUGAAGAACCACGACGAGGAAUCCCUGGAGUGUCUGUGUCGGUUGCUCACGACCAUCGGCAAAGACCUGGACUUUGAGAAGGCCAAGCCUCGAAUGGACCAGUACUUCAACCAGAUGGAGAAAAUAAUUAAGGAGAAGAAAACGUCCUCGCGGAUCCGGUUCAUGCUGCAGGAUGUGAUUGACCUCAGGCGGAACAGUUGGGUCCCAAGGAGAGGCGAUCAGGGUCCUAAGACCAUUGAUCAGAUUCACAAGGAAGCCGAGAUGGAGGAGCACCGGGAGCACAUUAAAGUGCAACAGCUGAUGUCCAAGCAGGAUAAGAGGAGAGGGCCUCCAUCGUCUGCAGGGGGACGAGGAAACUUAGUAUCAGACGACGGUUGGAACACCGUUCCCAUCAGCAAGGGUAACCGGCCUCUUGACCCCAGCAGGUUAACCAAGAUCACUAAGCCUAGUUCAAUUGACACUAAUAGUCAGCUCUUUGCACCUGGUGGACGACUAAGCUGGGGGAAAGGUAGCAGUGGUGGUUCGGGUGCCAAACCUGCUGAACCAGCUCCUCCUGACGCCAAUCGCCCGGCCACAAGUACUUUGAAUCGUUUCUCAGCCUUACAACAGUCAGCUCCUGCAGAGAGCCAAGAUGUUCGGCGUGUGGUUCAAAGAAGCAGCAGCAGCCGCGACCGCUCCGAAAAAGGCAGCGAGCGAAGCGAGAGGGUAGAGCGGGCGGAGCGAGGUGACCGCGUGGAGCGAAGCGAGAGGGUAGAGCGGGCGGAGCGAGGUGACCGCGUGGAGCGAAGCGAGAGGGUAGAGCGGGCGGAGAGAAACCGAACCCCGGUCACCAAGCGCAGCUUCAGCAAAGAAAUGGACGACCGGAGCCGGGAGCGUGAACGACAAGGAGUCCUUGAAACGGUGCGCAAAGUGGCUAGCAUGACGGAAGAGCGGGACCGAAGCAGAGAACCUGUGAAGCGUGAGCCAGUGGCUCCCGAACCGCCCGCCAAACCUGCCUUAUCCGAGGAAGAGCUGGAGAAGAAAGCCAAGGCCAUCACUGAGGAAUACCUACACAUCAAUGAUAUGAAGGAAGCUCUACAGUGUGUACAGGAACUGGGCUGCCCCACUCAGCUCUACAUCUUUGUCCGGAAUGGCAUCGAGUCGACAUUAGAGCGAAGCACCAUCGCUCGCGAGCACAUGGGGCUGCUGCUGUACCACUUGGUCAAGGCAAGCCACCUCUCCAAGGAGCAGUACUACAAAGGGCUGCAAGAGAUCCUGGAGAUCGGGGAAGACAUGGAGAUUGAUAUACCCCAUAUAUGGCUGUACCUGGCAGAGAUUAUCACUCCCAUUUUGAGAGAAGGCGGGAUUCCCAUGGAAGAGCUUUUCAGGGAGAUCGCUAAGCCCCUAGUCCCUAUUGGCAAGGCCACAACUCUAUUAGUGGAAAUCCUGGGCCUACUUUGCAAAGGAAUGAGCCACAAAAAGGCAGGGACAUUAUGGAGAGAAGGUGGACUGAGUUGGAAAGAGUUUCUGCCGGAGAACCAGGAUAUCAAUAAGUUCAUCACAGAGCAGAAAGUCGAAUAUACCAUGGGCGAUAGUUCGGAUGCCCCUAGUCGGAAAGAGCUCACCUCUGAAGAACUCUGCAGACAACUAGAUAAGCUAUUAAAAGAAAAUGCCAAUAACCAAAGAAUAUAUGAUUGGAUUGAGGUAAACCUGAGUGAACAACAGGUCUCCUCCAUUAUGUUUAUCAGGGCCCUGAUGAUGUCAGUGUGCCAUUCCGCUGUAGUCUUCGAGAAUCCUUACCGGAUGGACAGUCUAGUCAUUAAGAGCCGAGCCAAACUGCUGCAGAAAUACUUGAGCGAUGAAGAUAAGGAGCUCCAGGCCCUUUAUGCUUUACAAGCCCUAGUGGUGAAGCUGGACCAGCCAGCAAAUCUCCUCCGAAUGUUCUUCGAUGCCUUGUACGACGAGGACGUCAUUAAAGAGGACGCCUUCUACAAGUGGGAGUCGAGCAAGGACCCAGCCGAGCAGCAAGGGAAAGGUGUCGCCCUCAAGUCGGUCACAGCCUUUUACACUUGGUUGCGUGAAGCUGAGGACGAAUCCGAUAACAAUUGAGCAGCCCUCAAGAGGGGAGGGCGGCGGGGGCAGCCCGAACCUGCCCCGCUGCUCUGGCCCCUCCUCGGAGCCCGGACUCCCUUGGGCGCUGGCGUGGGAAACGAGACGCAGGGCUGACCUCUGCCAACUUUUCUCCUGCCUGCCCUCAUAAGACUUGUUUUUUUUUUUUUUCUUUCCCCCCCCCCCCUUUUUUUUUUUUGGUUGGGAUUUUUUUUUCCUCU